AUGGGCUCCGACGUGAGGGAUCUGAAUGCGCUGCUGCCUGCUGUGCCCUCGCUGGGCGGCGGCGGCGGCUGCGCCCUGCCUGUGAGUGGCGCAGCACAGUGGGCCCCAGUGCUGGACUUUGCGCCCCCGGGCGCCUCUGCCUACGGCUCGUUGAGCGCCCCGGCACCCCCGCCUGCCCCGCCGCCGCCGCCGCCUCCACACUCCUUCAUCAAGCAGGAGCCAAGCUGGGGCGGCGCAGAACCACACGAGGAGCAGUGUCUGAGCGCCUUCACAGUCCACUUCUCUGGCCAAUUCACCGGUACAGCUGGAGCCUGUCGCUAUGGCCCCUUUGGUCCGCCCCCGCCUAGCCAACCACCCUCGGGCCAGGCCAGGAUGUUUCCCAACGCUCCCUACUUGCCCAGCUGCCUAGAAAGCCAGCCGACCAUCCGUAACCAGGGAUACAGCACUGUCACUUUUGACGGAACACCCAGCUAUGGACACACGCCAUCACAUCAUGCAGCGCAGUUCCCUAAUCACUCCUUCAAACACGAGGACCCCAUUGGUCAGCAGGGCUCUUUGGGCGAGCAGCAAUACUCCGUGCCUCCCCCGGUCUAUGGAUGCCACACACCCACCGACAGCUGCACUGGCAGCCAGGCCCUGCUGCUCCGGACUCCUUACAACAGUGACAAUCUGUACCAAAUGACCUCGCAGCUCGAAUGCAUGACCUGGAACCAGAUGAACCUAGGGGCCACACUGAAGGGCCAUACCACAGGAUAUGAAAAUGAUAACCACGCCACUCCGAUUCUCUGUGGAGCCCAAUAUAGAAUACACACUCAUGGCGUCUUUAGAGGAAUACAAGAUGUCCGGCGAGUGCCUGGGGUAGCCCCUACUAUCGUGAGGUCAGCUGCAGAGACCAAUGAGAAACGUCCAUUUAUGUGCGCAUAUCCAGGCUGCAACAAGAGAUACUUUAAGCUGUCCCACUUACAGAUGCAUAGCAGGAAGCAUACUGGUGAGAAACCCUACCAGUGUGACUUCAAGGACUGUGAACGGCGAUUCUCUCGAUCAGACCAACUCAAAAGACACCAAAGGAGACACACAGGUGUGAAACCAUUCCAGUGUAAAACCUGUCAGAGAAAGUUCUCCCGGUCUGACCACCUGAAGACUCACACCAGGACUCAUACAGGUAAAACAAGUGAAAAGCCCUUCAGCUGCCGGUGGCCCAGUUGUCAGAAAAAAUUUGCCCGCUCAGAUGAGUUAGUGCGUCACCACAACAUGCACCAAAGGAACAUGACGAAGCUCCAACUGACACUUUAAAGGGUCAAGUUCAAGGACGCAUCUAUGUCCCAGGCAGGACGUUCUAUGAACCACUAUGAAAAUGGGCUUUUAAACUCAUCCUCGGCCACCUUCAUAAUAAGGAAACCACAACUGACCAUGAAGACAAGUUACCUGUUGGGACGGAACCAGUUCCAGGUUUGUCAGGCAGCAGGGUGACCUCCAUUUUCCCAUCUCUUCAUUCAUUCCCCAGGGCUCAAUGUCCCAGUUUCAGUAAGACCUGCGUCGUCCCUCACCUGGGGUUCUCACGGUGAAAGAGAGUUGCGUUGGCAGGCUUCCUUCCCUACCACUUUCUCCAAAGUCCCAAAGAAACAUUGAGUUUCUCUUGGGAUGAAUUCAUGACACUAUUUUCUGUUGUGGAAUAUUUAUAGGCUGGGGCAUGUCAAUGUGUCUGCUAAUGUAAACUUUGUCAUGGUUUCCAUUUACUAACAACAAGACAUAAAUCAGAAAACCAGGGCAUUUGGGGGUGGGGUGGGUUUCUCACACGGCAUUCCCUGGGGUCAAGUGAGAUUCUAACCUGGAUGGGGAAAGUCUCUUCCACCAGUUGACCUAAAGAAAAAAAAAUCCUUGUUUAUAAAGCAGCUAAAAAAGAAAUCAAAACUAAUCAGUACCUCUUUACCGAAAUCCAUAAGAAUCUUAUCAGUAAGUUAACUUGUUUAUAAUAUUGUCACAGUGAUCUGAAGAAACUGUUCUGUGGAACUGAAAUUUUAUUAUUAUUAUUAUUGUUAUUGUUAUUUUGAUAUGAAUUGCAGCUUAUUUUUAGAGAUGUUCACAUCUCCUCACAUUAGAGAAACAGAAAAUUAUUCUGAUCAUUCGGGACUCUAUUGUGAUGGUGAGACCACACUGGUUAUGUGGUUUCAGAGCUGUAAAAAUUAAGAUGGAACUAAGAGAAAAGGGGGGCUGGUCCAGGAUCUCCAUUGAGAAAUUGUUCCUAAAUAACUUAAGAAGACUCUGGGUCUACAAGAAUAUGUGGGGGAAAAGAAAGAGACUUAACAGUGUGAGAAAAUAUAUUGUGGGGGGGAGGGUCUUUUUUCGUUCUGUUUUGAGGGAGGGUGUUUAUUUUUGACUGUGGCUUGAAAUGAUUGUGUAAAUAUCUAUCUGAUAAUUCAUUGCUCUUAGCCAAUUAAAAUUAGAAAGUGUAUAAAUAUUAGAUGCAUCACUGUUCAGAUGUUACUGUUUUAACAUA